UAUUCUGAUCUGUUUUUUUGUUUUUUCCUGUGGGGCUAGGGAUGGAACCCAACGCUUUGCAUAUGCCAGAACUGGUGGAGUCUCUUUCAUUGCAGGGAUCUUAUGCUGGAAAAAUCCAUUCUAUUGGUGAUGCCUUCAGAAAUUUUAAAAAUCUCCGAUCCUUAGAUUUAUCAAGAAAUUUGAUCACUAGCCUAAAGGGCAUCCAGUAUUUGUGUUCACUGCAACACCUGAAUUUAUAUUAUAACAACAUUCCUUCAUUAGUAGAGGUAUCCUGCCUACAGCCUUUGCCCUUUCUCAAAGAACUAGAUUUGAGACUCAAUCCUGUUGUAAGAAAAGACACAGACUAUAGGCUUUUUGCUGUGUACACACUACAAACUCUGGAAAAACUGGAUGAUCGAACUGUACGUGACAGUGAGAGGAAAGCUGCCAAGCUCCAUUUUAGUCAGUUGAGCAACAGUGAAAAUUUUCUUUUAGAGGUGGAAAAAAGCUCUAGGGAGAAGAUAAUGAAAAACUGUGGGACAGGUGAGGGCUGUGCAUCAAAAGUCAACACUGAUGUUGACACCAGGCCUGAAACAGCCUCAAACAAAGGACUUUUUAUACCCUUCACUAACUGGGAAAGAAAGGAUUCCCUAACCAGUACUUCUGCAACCCAGGACAAUGGUAAACCAGGUCAGAAAUCAGACACUUUUCCCCUGGGGACACAGAUGCAGGAAAUGACAAGAAAGGAGAUGCCAAGUGACAACCCCCAGGACAAUGAAUUCAAACACUACUCGCCUCGUCAGUCCACAGUCCGAUCCCCAGAGAAGAUGACGAGAGAUGGGUACCGAGUAUCUUUUUUGGAUAAUAAGUCUUCAGGUUCUUCUCCAGAAAAGGACUUGAUACCAAAGCUCGAUACUUAUCAUCUUACCCAUGAUGCCUCAUUGGGUAAAUGCCUGGAUGUAGGUGAUUCCAACCAGAUCCAUCCCUAUCAGUUACCUUCUGGCAUCAGUUUGGAAAAUUAUAAUAGUCAUAAUUCUCAAAUUCUAUCCCUGCAUGGAAAUCUUGGUAAAAGGCCUCAGAGAAACAAGAACUACCAAGAAUAUAGCACAAAGCCUUUAAAUGACAUAAAGGCUACUACAUCCCAUUCCUGUGGAGAUUUAUUGACUUCUCUGUCAAACUCUGACUCCAGUACUGGAAGACUUUUGAAACUUAGUUCAGAUCUGUAUGCCACAACUCAUUUCAACAGUGACCCUGCUCUGCUGGCCAAUGUAGAACAACAGUUAUCCAGCAACCUUGGUGAUUUAACACCAGCACAUGGUUCUUUACCAAACAACUCUGUCCUGGGAAACUCUCUUCAGACAUUGCGGUUGCCUCCUGGGACUUCAGAAGACAGAGAGAUUCUGACCAAGAGGUCAUUAAGCCCAUCGAGGAGAGGAUUCAAGCGGAAGGACAAUAUCCUUGCCAAUCUGAAUCUAAAGCACGGUUUCCGAGAUGGUAUAGGCAGCGAGCCUCUCUGUAGUGACCUGGGCAGUUUGCAUGGUUUGCCAGGAAACCACAGUCCCCCGAUCUCUGCCAGAACCCCCCAUGUGGCCACUGUCCUCAGACAGCUCCUGGAGCUUGUGGAUAAGCACUGGAGUGACUCUGGCUCCCUGCUCCUCAACAAGAAGUUCCUCGGUCCUGCACAAGAUUUGCUUCUGUCUUUGGUUGUCCCUGCUCCUCUGCAGCAGCGAUGUCGCCCACAUCCUGAAGACACUCCAAAAACUUUCCACAGGAGGGAGAGUGACCUGAAGGAGGCUGAGCAGCCCAUCCCUAAUGACAUGGAAAGUUUAAAGCAAAAACUGGUCAGAGUGCUGGAGGAAAACCUCAUUUUGUCAGAAAAAGUUCAGCAGUUGGAGGAAGGUGCAGCCACCUCAAUUAUGAGUGGGCACCAGUCCCAUACUUACGAUGAUAUUCUACACAAAAACCAACAGCUGACCAUGCAGGUGGCUUGCCUGAACCAGGAGCUUGCCCAGCUGAAAAAGGUGGAGGAGACGAUUGCCCUUCUUCAUGAAAGUCAGAGAUCCCUGGUGUUAACUAAUGAGUAUCUGCUGCAGCUGCUGAAUAAAGAGCAAAAAGGUUAUUCUGGGAAAGCACUCCUGCCCCCUGAGAAGAGUCAUCAUUUGGGGAGAUCGUCGCCCUUUGGGAAAAGCACUCUGUCUUCCUCCUCACCAGUGGCACACGACACGGGUCAGUAUCUAAUACAGAGUGUCUCAGAAGCUGCCCCAGAGCCUAGUUUGUGGAGCUACCAUUGAACACCUUCACAGCCGCCUCCUGUCCAUGGAGGCCAUUGACAUCAGUGUGGUAGUGUUUACUCCCCAAGAUUAAGAAAAAUCUUAUUCUGAUUA